AUGCGGAUUCAAGCACUUAACUAUCACAUCAUCACUGACAGCCCACUGAUCUGCUAUCCCACCACUCCCAUAGUUCCUAAUAGGAGGUCCACAUCAGACAACCUGAAAUCAGUUGGCAGCCCCUCUGUGAACAGCUGUGUGAGACGCGAAAAUCAGACAAUCUCUCUCCCCAAGAUUAUGCACCAGGCACCACAGCCCCUUUCCCGCUCUGUUCCUGAUCAGCAUCCUCAGCCAGAAGAGACCCUGGAUGUGAAUGCAGAAAUGCAUAAAUUGCAGAGGGCAGACUCCCUAGUGAAACAUAAUUCUUCUUCCAGUCAUCAGAAACAAUACAGACCUAAAGCUUCUCAAAGAAGAGGAUGUCUGACUUGCUGGCAUCUUGCUGCCAUUAUUCUUGGAAUCCUAAAUUUGAUUCUCCUGGGAACAGUUGUGUUCUUUGUGUUCAAGUCUCAAAAGCAGCAGGAAAAUCUGGAAAUCAUGGCCUAUGAAAAAGAAAAUCUCCAAAGUCAGAUUGAAAGCCUCGCUAAACCCUGGGAUAUAAAAGGAAACUGGAGCUGCAUGGCAGAAAAUUGUUACCACUUCUCCACUAGAGAGGACACCUGGGCCAGCUGCAGAAAAUAUUGUUCCCUACUGACUCAAGAUAUGCUGAAGAUAGACAGCAAGGUUGAACUGGUGGCCAUACAAUCCAAAAUGAGUCACUUUCACUGGAUCGGUUUAACAAGAGUAAGAGAUAAGAGCAGCUGGAAUUGGCAAGAUUGCUCACCUCUUUCUCUUGACCUGGGUCUGACUGAGUCAUCUGUGGGUGACGAUUGUGCAAUUAUAAGUUCAACAAAUGUCUCUGCUGUACUGUGCACAUCUAAGUACUUCUGUCUGUGUGAGAGUAAUCAGUUGUCUUCAAGAGUCUCCAACUGAAAUGGGAAGCAGGUCAAAGACAUGAAGAUCUUUAUACGGUAGUGUCUCUAUCCUGGAACCAUCUUGGAAGUAUCAUUUUCUCUUCAAAAUCUUCAAAA